AUAAGUAUAUGAAUAUAUCGCUCUUCGGUACUAUGCUCUAUAUGUCUCUUUCUCUCUGAAGAAGUUUCAACAUAUGGAGCAAUACUCACAAUACUUGAUGUUGGUUAAGAGCAACAACAGCAAUAUCCUUAUGAAUCCAUUUUCCAGCCAUUCAUGGGAAGAACAAGCGUUUGCAGAAGAUGGUCGAGGCCCUUUUGGGGGGUUCGUAUGGCCUCCAAGGUCUUAUUCUUGCAGCUUUUGUAAACGAGAGUUCAGGUCAGCUCAAGCACUAGGUGGUCACAUGAAUGUCCAUAGGAAAGAAAGAGCCAAGCUCAAGCACACCGUAAAUCUUACUAGUAGUGCUACUAUCUGUACAACUAAAAUGGCACCAAAGAACCAUAAUAAGCAAAAUCUUUGUAAAGAGUCUUUAGAUCCUGGUUUGUUUCCGUUAGCUCUUUCACCGUCUAGGGCUUCUUCAAUACCAGCAUUAGGUGAAGAAAGUUUUGAAACCAAUUCAGACACAAAGAGUUAUGUUUACGAUGAAGAUUUUGCUAUAGCACAUGGCAAUGGUGAUGUUGAAACAAAUUUGGUCAUAGGGUUUGAGUUGGAUUCUUGUUCGAAUACUGGAUCUUGUUGCAAGAGACAGAAGACGGGUGUUACACCAACCAUCAUGGACGGGUUGGACCUAGAGUUGAGGCUAGCUCGCUAACUAGCUUGCAUGGUGAUAUGAAUCUUCCAACAAUCUAAGAAUGCAGCUGGGGUUACACUAUUAGUGACUGUUUUCUAAUUGCCUGAG